CGCCGCACCCGAAACACGCCCAGAGCGCCCUCCGGAUCUGGCUGACGCACGAAGUGACUCAAAGCAAAGAGCGCGAAGGAGCGCCGUCCGGAUCUGGCUGACGCACGAAGUGGCUCAAAGCAAAGAUUGCGAAGAGCGCGAAGGAUUUGCAGAUACUCCGUAAAAUCACUUUAUGGAGUCUCUGCCAAUUCUUCGUGUUCUUAACGUCUUUGCAGUUUAUUGCGUAUCUUCAAUGAUUGACAUCGGUUUGGUACUUCGUAUGUGAAGCUUUUUUGACAUCUGUUUUAUGAAUUUUUGUGUUUUUGUGGUCUAGGUUUGGUCCAUGGAGAAUGAGUCAAGAUAAGGCCGAAAGAUUUUUGCUCGCAAUGGUGUCUGCGCAAGUCCUAAAUUUCUUUGGUCUCGUCGUUUCAGUAAUCGACCGAUCCCACCAGAAGGUUGGACGCCGACCCGCAUUGGAUCCCUAUACAAAAGCAGCUGGCUAGAAAACGGGGGGACGAACAGAGCCUGCCUUGCAAAAAAGCCGCCGCCGCCCCCAGCCCUCAGCCCUCCCCCCUCCUCCUUCCUCGUGCCCGCCCACAGCAGCCGCUCCCGUGAUGGCGAAGAAGCGAAGCUCCAACAAAGGAGGGCGACGGGGCAAGAGAGGUGGUGCCGCCAAUGCUGGUGCCCCGCGUCGUUUUGUGUUCAACGAGCAAAAGAAGUUUGACGUUCCUCCAAGCUGCAAAAGUGAUGACCCUGAGGUAAACAGAUUGAACAACAGCUUGGCUGUCUACUACGGGACCAUGGCAACCUGCAGGGAGAACGUGCACGCUCUGCUGGUGGAAGAGCUCCAGGACAGUAACGUGGGUCUGAAACAAGCUGAGGCAAGAUACGAGGGAAUGAAGGUGACCGCGCACAGGAUGAUGGCACAAAUUACAGAUAGGCAGGGCAAGCCGGUGCCUUUCCCUUCCCACUUUAACCAUGCCGUGAAGCUGUAGAUUAGUUGGAAGUAUGAAUGAGGUGAGAACGGUACGAGAAUUCUGUUCCGUAGACUGUUAACUUGGGAGUAGACUAUUAACUUGGGAGUAUGGAUGACCGGAGAGGAAUUCUGUUCUGUAGACUGGUUGCAUUUGAACUUUCAGCAUUUCUAGAGAACCAAUAUGAUUGGAUUUUGUGAUAUAAAAUUCGGCAAGUCUGGUUGGA